AUGUCGCUAGUAGAUCGACUACGGCAGAGACUCGGAAUCACAAACGAGCUUUACCGGGCAACUCUCGCCGAACUAUUCGCAACCGGUUUUCUAGUGUUUGGUGGUUGUUGUGUAAACGCUCAAUAUGUGAUCUCAAAAACGAGAAACAAUGCCUACAUUGGGGUUUGCAUCGGAUGGGGAAUAGCGCUAGCGUUCGCAGUGCAACUCGCCUAUCGUAUUUCAGGUGCCCACCUGAAUCCGGCCGUCUCAUUUUUCCAAUUGACACAAGGCAAGAUCUCCCCACUCCGCUUCAUUCUCUUUGUGAUCGCUCAAAAUGUGGGCGCAUUUUUCGGAGCCCUCUUCACAUUUCUCGUUUAUUGGGAUUUACUCGAUAGCUUCGACGGUGAAAUUCGUUUCGUCACCGGGCCCCAAGCGAGCGCCCACAUUUUCGGUACCUACCCGGCUCCGAAAUUGAGCCUUCUCGGUGGCCUAUUUGACCAGAUUGUCGGAACUGCAGUAUUAUGCCUACUUAUCGCCUGUGUUGUCGAUCGGAGAAACAGAAUCCCGCCAUUCUUGCAACCAACCUUCAUCGGGAUGAUUCUAGUCUUAAUUGGAAUGGCUCUUGGUAUGAAUGCCGGAUAUGCCAUAAAUCCGGCAAGAGAUUUCGGACCAAGACUUUUCUCUUUAGUUGCUGGUUAUGGGUGGAGAGUUUUCAGUUACCGCGAAUACACUUGGUUCUGGAUUCCCUUGGAUCGGACCGAUGAUUGGUGCCGUCAUUGGAGCUUGGCUUUACGAGUUCUUUAUCGGCUUUCACAUUCCCGACGAUCCCGACACGACCUACAUUCACCGCAUUAUCGA